CUGGGAAGGGUUUCUCAAUAUAUGACUAAAUAAAUAAACAAAUGCAUAAAUAAAUAACCAAUCAAUCCACUGAUUAACUGACACGUUUGUUUGAGAAAGACCGUGUGUUUUCGUUCGAGGUUUCUUUUAGCGAGCGCUCGCGCGCACACACACACACACACACACACCAGUCAGAGCCAGUCAGCCACAGCUGGAGCGGGUGUGUGUAAGUGUAUGUGUGAGAGAGUGUAAGUGUGUGUCAGUGUGUAAAGAUGGCUGACGCGUUCGGACUUCAGGCGGAAGAGGACCCCGCGGCCGCGUUCCUCGCGCAACAGCAGCACGAGAUCGCCGGCAUCGAGGAUGACGAGGGCGGCUUCGGCUUCGAGCAGCACGCGCUCUCCCAACCGUCACUCUUUAGUUCAAACUCUCUCUCAGAUGAGUUCGGAGGAGCGACUAUGAAUGGAGAACUGUUUCAGGAGUCCAACGGUGAAUCGGACGGUUACGCCGCCAUCGCUCAGGCUGACGUGCUGAGACAGGAGCCGGAAAGUUUACGCAAAUGGAGAGAGGAACAAAAGGGGCGGCUGGAACAGUUAGAUACAGCGUCUAAGGCAGCCGAAGCCGAGUGGAAGGAGAAGGCAAAGAAGGAGCUGGAAGACUGGCACGCUCACCAGCAGGAGCAAAUGGAAAAUAAAGUCAACAACAGAGCGUCAGAGGACGCCUUCCUUAAGGAGUGCGCGGACGACAGCCCCGGCACCGAGUGGGAGAAAGUGGCACGGCUAUGCGACUUCAAUCCCAAGACGAGCCGCCAGACCAAGGACGUGUCUCGAAUGCGCUCCGUCCUCAUUUCCCUGAAACAGACGCCGCUGAAUCGCUGAAGGCCUCUGCCUCACUCUGCCUCACGUCUCGCCUUCAUCUCCAUCUCUCUCUCUUCCUCUCUCCGUGUCCUUCUCGCACUUUAUUUUAGCACACACUAAAUGUUUGGGUUUUCUUUCCAUCUCUCGUUUAAGGUAUUUGGUGAAUCGAAACUUUUUUUUUAAAAAUCCUGUUACACAUAAUCUAUUAACUGACAGAAGAUUUUGGCUUUUGUUUGAUGUUUUUCAUGAAAGAAAAGGAGAAUUGUGCCUCUUGACUAGGCUAGUUGAGGAAAGUGUUACUCUGAUCGAACAAAAUGGCAGAAAUGAACACGCUACUUGAACAUGUCGGAGUACACGUAACAGUUUUUCAUACCGAACGGAAAAUCUACACAGGUUUAAUUCGAAUCGCUUUAUAUGGACUAUAUUAUCAGGCUCUCUGUAAUGUUUCUCAAAUUGGUCCUCGGAGACACCCAGAUGUUCCACUUUUAAACACGACGUAGCGCCCGAGGACGACGAAUGGUCCUUUAUCCAAAAUGCUGGAUGAAAUCUUUGCUGUUUUAUUCACAAAAUAAUUUUUAGUGUUUGAAAACACACCAACAUAUCGUCUGGCAGUCACGAAUACCCAUAAUGCACCGUAUUCGCUGAAAGAGCCAACAAACCAAAACCGUAACAUCUGUCAGAUUAGUAAUGGGUUUUUUUUAGUGAGUCAAAUGGUUUGACUCUUUCCGGCUCCUAAGUGACUCAUCUAAAAAAAAAAAAAAAUCGUAAACUCUAAACAUAAAAUUUGAUCUCUUACACACCAACUAAUUGGUAAGCGUUGCAGUGUUUUCCACAUGCACAUGUGAGUCAGAGAACCUGUGUGAAUGUCGAAUAGUGUUGUUUAAUCACAAACCCUGUACAUGGGGUGUGACAUUGGCAUUAAUGCCUCAUAGGUGUUUCAGAAAAUUAGACAUCUGGGGGUCCAGUCACUGACGACCAAAUUGGGAAAUUCGCCUUUCAUUGGUCUAAACAACAGAGUGACACAAUGACGUUCUAAUUUUCCAUCCAGACCAAAACCUCAGUGUACUCGUUACUCAGAAUCGUUCUUACUGCAUGGUUUUUGUUUUUGAAGGACGGCAAGCAUUCCUUCUCGUUUUCCAUCAAACCUGCUGCGUCAAGUUGCAUCUCAUCUCUCUCAAAUAAUUCCCGGAAACUAACAUAUUUAGCCGUUACAUUCAAGUAGGUCAUUGGUUUUGUGAAUUUAUUUAUUGGUGGUCUUGUUUAUACCAUUCAGCCUCACCUGUAUCGCUUGUACAACGUCAGAUUGGAGCUGUAGCAGGCUGCGCCUUAAUUACUAUCUCAUAACAGUGAGCAUGUUUUAAAGUGUUACGGAUAUUUAUAAAUUAACACCUUUUACUUCUCUUGAGCUCCGAGGCCUUUUUUUUCUCCUCUCUGAGACAGAUUGAAAACUGUUACACGCCUUUCAGCAGACCAGCUCUGCAUCACAGAUUGUACUGGCUGCCAAAGACUAUGUUCAUGCCUGAGUACUCUAUCGAAUAAAUAAAGGGACGGUUUUCCAGACAA